UGCAGACCUCAGCUGGGUGCGGUGAGGGUGGGUAUAAAAGGGCCAGUAUAUAUUGAGAGGAGCAGAGGAAGAGAAACCAGGAGAGUGAGGAGAGAGAGGAGGAAAAGGUAUAGGCAAGUGAGGACAGGAGAGAAAGAGGGAGAGGGAGAAAGAAAGAAAGAGAGAAAGGGUUCUAGGGUUGGAGGGGAGAAGGACGGAGAGAGCCAGAGGGGAGAGCGAGGGAGGGAGGAAGGCGGCGAGGGAGGCGGGGGCCCGAGAGGGUGGAAGGAGGGAGGCGAAGGGCGGGGCACCGAGGCCCAAGCGAGGGACAGACUCCAGCUCUGACUUUUUCCGCCGCUCGGGGCUUCCACCGCAGCCAUGUCGCUCCUCCUGCUGGUGGUCUCUGCCCUUCACAUCCUCAUCCUCAUCCUGCUUUUCGUGGCCACUUUGGACAAGUCCUGGUGGACCCUCCCCGGGAAGGAUUCCCUGAAUCUCUGGCAUGACUGCAUAUGGAACAGUGUCAACAAAACGUGGGCCUGCACUGAUGUCAGCGAGAAUGGCUGGCUGAAGGCGGUACAGGUCCUCAUGGUGCUCUCCCUCAUCCUCUGCUGCCUGUCCUUCAUCCUCUUCAUGUUCCAGCUCUACACCAUGCGGCGAGGGGGGCUCUUCUAUGCCACUGGCUUCUGCCAGCUGUGCACCAGCCUGACAGUGUUCACCGGGGCCCUGAUCUAUGCCAUUCAUGUGGAAGAGAUCCUGGCGAAGUACCCGCAAGGGGGCAGCUUCGGUUACUGCUUCAUCCUGGCCUGGGUGGCCUUCCCCCUCGCCCUGGCCAGUGGCAUCAUCUACAUCCACCUUCGGAAGCGGGAGUGAGCGCUGCGCGUCGCCUUGCCCUUAUGGCUCUGCCCACUCCCGGCCCCUUCGCCUCACCCGCCUCCAGAAAAUAAACCGUUUAACCACC